UCUCCUAGAGAGAGAGAAAUAUUUAGAGAGAGAAACUGAAAACAAAAACACAGAUAAAACAAACGCAUAAGAAAUUAAGAACUACUAUAGGAGAGAGAGAGAAAAACCAAAAAAAAACUCAAAAGAGGAUCAUCUUCUUCCCUUGAAAAACCUCUAAUUCACAGAGUACGAAAGGUUAGGGUUUCGAUUCCUGAUUCUGAAACGAAAGAAAAGUUUGUAUGAGAGUAUUAAAAUUGAAAUUAUAGUUGAAUGGACGAGAUCUGGGAAAGAGCGGUGGAAACGGCGUUGGACGGACAAACGGAAAACGAUUCAAUAAAAAGCCUAACCCUAGACGGCGCCGUUAAGUGUGUUCAAGGUCGUUUACCAGCUUCAUCAGUGUUAGAGAAGUUCCAGAAUCUUCACCAUCUUUCUCUUGCAAAUAUUGGUGUUUCAUCUCUUGAGCAAUUUCCUAACCUUCCAAGUUUACAGAAGCUUAUACUUUCAGACAAUCGAAUCGCUUCUGGUUUAGAGUAUCUUGUUCAAGCGGGUCUUGAUUCACUUCGAGACCUUGAUUUAUCUAAUAAUCGAAUUCAGUUUAUAGAGGAUCUUGCACCUUUAGCUCAGCUUAAGCUUGUUUCGCUUGAUUUGUAUGAGUGUCCUGUUACUAGGGUUAAGGAUUAUAGAGCUAGGGUUUUUGGGUUGAUUAAAUCGUUGAAGUAUUUGGAUAAGAUGGAUGCUGAGGAGAAUGAGCGUCCUGAGAGCGAUGAUGAGGAGGAGGAGGAUGAGGAUGAAGAGGAGGAUGAUGAUCCUGGGAGUGGGGAAGUUGAUGCCGAUGCCGAUGCUGAGGGUGCGGGUUAUAGGAUGCCGAAUGGGCAUAGUAGUGGUGGUGGUGCUGGUGGUGGUGAUGGGAUUGUAGAUGUUGAUGAGGAUGAGGAGAGUGAUGCUGAUGAGGAGGAGACGGAGAUUGAGGCGUCUAGGAGGAGAGAGAAUGGAGGGAUGUAUCAUGGGAGGGAGAACGGGUUUAGAGUUGAGGCGGCUGGGGAGGUGGAUGGUGAGGAUGAAGAUGAGGAUGAGAAUGAGAAUGAUGAUGGGGAGGAGGAAGAGGAUGUGGAGGAGAUUGAUGAGGAUGAUGGUGAGGAGGAGGAGGAUGUUGUUGAGGUUCAUGAUAUUGUGGAUAGUGAUGAUGAUGAAGAGGGGGAUGGAGAUGAGGAGUUUGAGGAUGAUGAUGAUGACGACGAUGAUGAUGAGGAUGAUGAGGUAGAGGAGGUUGAUAAUGAUGAUGUUGUUGAUGCUGUGGAGCCAGAGAGUACUGGCAGAUUGAUUAGCACAGAUGGAGAGAUUGAUGGCCAUGAACAAGGGGAAGACGAGGACGAUGAGGAUGAUAAUGGUGAGACUGGAGAGGAAGAGCUGGGUGUUGAAGAUGAGGGAGAAUCAGAUGAGGAUGAUGAGGGUGAGGAUGAGGAUGAGGAAGAAGAUGGCGAAGAGGGGUACUUGGUUCAGCGGGUUAGACAAUCAACAGAGGAUGCAGAAGAAAGUGACAUGGAGGCUGUAAAUGAUGCUGGAGAAGGUGAGGAAGUUGAAGAUGAUGAAGAUGAUCUUGGGGAAGGGCAGGUGAUGGCUCCAUCUUCUUCUGAAUCAAAGAGGAAGAGAGAUGAUGCAGAUGUAGAUGAUGAGGAAGAUGCGGAUGAUGCAGAAAGACGGUCCUCAAAAAAGCGUCUGUGAGGAGGAAGAGAUGCAGAGAGGAGGUGGGUCCUCGAAGAAGCGUCUGUGAAGAAGAAGAUUUUGCUGUAAGGUUCUUCCAUGGGUGUGACUGAGAGAAAGGAGAUAUGGAGAACCUGAAUGUAUAUCUCUGAUUGGUAGGCAGUUUUUAAGAGGGUUUUAGGAUGUUGUUUUUUUUAGGAGGGAAAACUAACUCCAGAUGAUGGGUUUUUUUUAAAUCUUGUUCAAAAAGUGGUUAGUAAUGGUUUUGGCUCCUGCUCUUAUAAAAUAGCCGUUAGUUUGGUAUUUAAAUGACAGUUGAAUGGAAGGGUUCAUUGUCCUGGUGGUUUUCCCCCCAAAAUUCCUCAGUAUAUAUUUAUUAGGAAAAAGAAAAAAAAAGGGGAAAUUAAAUUUUAUAGUAGGAACUCCAACAGUCUUUGUUAGUUGGUUAUACUACCCGGUACCCGCUCAAUUGCUAGUUCAAGCAGUUUUCAAUUGGAGAUACUCAGAUGUAUAAAAAGGCUUUCUUUUAA